CAGGUAGACGUAGCUGAGGCAAGAUGUCAGCCCGAGGAGGAAAGAAGAAGACCACCAAACUGUCCCGCUCCGCCAGAGCAGGGGUCAUCUUUCCUGUGGGGAGGAUGAUGAGGUAUCUACGCACAGGGACCCACAAGUACCGCAUCGGCAUGGGGGCACCCGUCUACAUGGCAGCCGUCAUAGAGUACCUGGCAGGUUGGUGUCUCGCCUGAGUGAAAACACACACCAAUGUCACACAGUGUCGUCCUGUUUCAGCAAACACAAAAACAAUGUUCCUAAAUUCACUUGUGUAUUAAUAACAGGAUAGAUUAUGUAAAAUAUAUUAACAUUAAUAUUUUAUUGGUAAACGCUGGCAGAAUUUUUUUCUAAUGACAAUUUCUUGUUUAGCUGAGAUUUUGGAGUUGGCAGGAAAUGCAGCAAGGGACAACAAAAAAGGAAGAAUAACUCCUCGGCACAUUAAACUGGCUGUAGCCAACGACGAGGAGCUCAACCAGGUACAGUAUUAUUCCCCUUGAAACUGAUAUUUAGAAAAUUUCCUAUAAUGAACUCAGCAAAGUCAGUUUUUCAUGUUGUUCCACUUCACUUGCAUCAUUGUUACACCAUAUUAUAUUACAGUAGAUUUUAGUGCCCAAUAGGGAUCUAUGAAACCAGUGGCGAUUUUAGCAUGUCAAUCUUGGUGGGGCAAACAAAACAAAAAAUUGGGGGAUGCAUGCCAGCAAAGCCACUACACUACACUAAACAAUAAAUUAAUUGCACUAUAACGGUUACAAACGGGGCCCACAAACUGUUAGGGCCUACAUAAAGCUGUCCCAACACCAUACCACUGCUACACCUGGCUAUCAGCGGAGCCUUGUCUGACAGCGAAACAGUUAAUUCAGCCUAAUUUACUGCCUUUAAAAAAAAAACAUAGCUGAUAUGGCUGAAAUAAAUGUGGUUUCUACUGACAAUUGGAUAAGAGGCAAUCCGUAAUUUCGAUUAAGACAUUAAUGAGCGAGCUAGGACGGACGUAGUCAAUAUAACUAUUUGUUCAGCACUUUUGAAAUGUACAGCGACAGAAUUCAGAACAUGGGCCGUUCUUACAGUAUUCUCCCUGCACACCAAGUCAGAACCGUAGGAUAAAUAAAGGGGGCAUAUAAGCAGACAAUGAAAGCUCUUACAAUAUUUGAUGAUUACAUUUCUCUAAAACAGGUUAUAGGCUACAUGUGCACCACCAAGUCAGAACAGAAGGCGAAAUUAAGAGGGGAAAAUAUACCAAAUUAUUAGGGUGAGGCACAUGGGCUACUAACAGCGUACUACAACAACAUACACUUAGUAUAAUUAUUAUUUUUGCUAAAAAUGUGGGGCUCAAUGGCCCUGAAUGACGGGUUGCUACUGCAUGAAACUAUAAUGAUGAAGGUAGUACCAUUGUCUAAGUGUUCAGGAAGGUGCAGUUGACGCCAUAUGGCAUCUGUACCAGGUAGGAUUUCAUCAGACAUGAACUGCCACCGCUUUGUGGUUAACCCCGAGUGGAAAACGGUUUUAUUGAGGCCCCAAAUCCUGACAAGACAUAUAACUGUAAGAGGUUAGAUGCUCAAUGCACUCAAAAAUAUGUACUUUUUUUUAGGCAGUGGGUACAUUCAGCUUGUAUUCAAAUAAGUUGGGAGAAAAUACAGUAAUUAACUAAUUACAUUUAAUAGACAAUGAGCUUUAUCAUUUUCGCAGGAUUUUUACCACUUGCCUAGUAUUUCAUAGAGGGAUGAAAUUGACCAAUGAUAAACUGAAUACAUAUUAAAUAGUCAACUAAUUCACCGGUUCUGUGGCCUCACUCAGCUUCUCAGAGGGGUGACCAUAUCAAACGGAGGGGUCCUGCCUCGCAUCCAUCCUGAGCUGCUGUCCAAGAAGAGGGGCAGCCGAGUGAAAGUGGACACUCAGGUGACAGUGCCAGAGAAGAGGGCGGAACGUGUUAAGAGCAUCAAGAAACCCACCACCAAAAAAGGCAAAGGUAAACCAGGCCGCAAGCCAAGGGUAAGUACACAUGAAUGAGCUUCGUGAAUGACAGAAAACAUCUCAAUAUUUGUCAAUGUGUUUGUCAAAUAGUGCUAUAAGAAGCAUGAGUAAGUUCUGUUUUUCAUUGAUUCUAUUUAAAGAAGAACACAGAAAACGACAAAGAAACUGUUGUAGCCAACUCAACAGUGGAAGAUGGACCAGGUGAUGGAUUCACUAUCCUCUCAGCGAAAAGCCUGUUCCUUGGACAAAAGGUAUCAUGAAAUGUAGUCUCAUGUCAGUAAUGACAUGUCAUUCUAUGACGCCUUUUGUAAAGAUACCUCAGUCAUACACCUUGGAAAUAAGUGACACAUAUGCGUCAAGUUUCUAAGUAAUUUUGUUAUAACUUCAACUCUACAUCCCCUAAACAGCUUUCACUAACAGAGAGUGAAAUUAGCAAAAUUGGAACCAUUAAGGUGGAGGGAAUCAUCAACCCCACAAAUGCAGAGAUGGACCUCAAAGAGGGAGUGGGUGAGAAUACCAGACCUGCUCGUCUUUUCAUCCUAGACUUAUGAAAGGCCCACAGCCCAUUAUAAUUAUCCCUCUUACCGGAUGUGUGCUCGUCUACAGGCAGUGCCCUGGAGAAGGCAGGGGGGCGGGACUUCUUGGAGGCAGUGAAAGAACUGCGGAAAGCACAGGGACCUUUGGAGGUAGCAUCAGGUAUGGAGAUCUGGAAACUAGAGUAAAAUCUGCUGGAUGAGAGGUUUGAGAAGUUUUGCAUGCAAUGGUAAUGAAAUGAUGUACAGUUGAAGUCGGAAGUUUACAUACACUUAGGUUGGAGUCAUUAAAACUCAUUUUUCAACCACUCCACAAAUUUCUUGUUUACAAACUAUAGUUUUGGCAAGUCGGUUAGGACAUCUACUUUGUGCAAUUUUUCCAACAAUUGUUUACAGAUUAUUUCACUUAUAAUUCACUGCAUCACAAUUCCAGUGGGUCAGAAGUUUACAUACACUAAGUUGACUGUGCCUUUAAACAGCUUGGACAAUUCCAUGGCUUUAGAAGCUUCUGAUACGCUAAUUGACAUAAUUUGAGUCAAUUGGAGGUGUACCUGUGAAUGUAUUUCAAUGCCUACCUUCAAACUCAGUGCCUCUUUGCUUGACACCAUGGGAAAAUCUAAAGAAAUCAGCCAAGACCUCAGGAAAAAAAUUAUAGACCUCCACAAGUCUGGUUCAUCCUUGGGAGCAAUUUCCAAACGCCUGAAGGUACCACGUUCAUCUGUACAAACAAUAGUACGCAAGUAUAAACACCAUGGGACCACGCAGCCGUCAUACCGCUCAGGAAGGAGACGCGUUCUGUCUCCUAGAGAUGAACAUGCGAAUCAAUCCCAGAACAACAGUAAAGGACCUUGUGAAGAUGCUGGAGGAAACAGGUACAAAAGUAUCUAUAUCCACAGUAAAACGAGUCCUAUAUCGACAUAACCUGAAAGGCCGCUCAGCAAGGAAGAAGCCACUGCUCCAAAACCGCCAUAAAAAAGCCAGACUACGGUUUGCAACUGCACAUGGGGACAAAGAUCGUACUUUUUGGAGAAAUGUCCUCUUGUCUGAUGAAACAAAAAUAGAACCGUUUGGCCAUAAUGACCAUCGUUAUGUUUGGAGGAAAAAGGGGGCGGCUUGCAAGCCGAAGAACACCAUCCCAACCGUGAAGCACGGGGGUGGCAGCAUCAUGCUGUGGGGGUGCUUUGCUGCAGGAGGGACUGGUGCACUUCACAAAAUAGAUGGCAUCAUGAGGAAGGAAAGUUAUGUGGAUAUAUUGAAGCAACAUCUCAAGACAUCAGUCAGGAAGUUAAAGCUUGGUCGCAAAUGGGUCUUUCAAAUGGACAAUGACCCCAAGCAUACUUCCAAAGUUGUAUUGGUAUUGGAGUGGCCAUCACAAAGCCCUGACCUCAAUCCUAUAGAAAAUGUGUGGGCAGAACUGAAAAAGCGUGUGCGAGCAAGGAGGCCUACAAACCUGACUCAGUUACACCAGCUCUGUCAGGAAGAAUGUGCCAAAAUUCACCCAACUUAUUGUGGGAAGCUUGUGGAAGGCUACUCGAAACGUUUGACCUAAGUUAAACAAUUUAAAUGCAAUGCUACCAAAUACUAAUUGAGUGAUGAAUGGUGAUGAAAGAAAUGAAAGCUGAAAUAAAUCAUUCUCUCUACUAUUAUUCUGACAUUUCACAUUCUUAAAAUAAAGUGGUGAUCCUAACUGACCUAAGAGAGGGAAUUUUUACUAGGAUUAAAUGUCAGGAAUUGUGACAUUAGUUUAAAUGUAUUUGGCUAAGGUGUAUGUAAACUUCCGACUUCAACUGUAAUUACCGAAUGUGCUUAUCCAAAGACCCUCAUUUAGCAUACACAUAAUAAACUUAAUUGACACAUGAUAGUCUCACCUCACUCACCAAUCUAGCCUCAAAACCCAAUGUACAGUACACUGUCAAUGCGUAUAUUUAAACCUACAAAUAAAGAGUGAAACAUCAGUGUGUGUUUGCGUGUCUUCCUCCCGUAGUUGCGGUGAGCCAGGCCAGUGGGAUGCCAGCUCGUUUUGUCAUCCACUGUAACAUCCCUCAAUGGGGCUCAGAGAAGUGUGAGGACCAGCUGGAGAAGACUGUCAAGGCCUGUCUCUCUGCUGCAGAGGAGAAGAAACUCAAGUCCGUUGCCUUCCCCUCACUUCCUGCUGGCCGGUGAGACUACUCAACUGCAGCUUUAAAUCUAUACCAGUAACAAUAAAAACAUAUGCAAUUCCAGUAAAAAGGGGCUUCAACAGCCGUGUUAAUUCUGGCAGCUAUUUUAGAUUUAGUUUGUCUUUAUGACUAAAAUACCUUUUCGUUUUAGUUAUCAAUCGACUAAAACUCUGGACAAUUUGUCUAGUUUUAGUCAGACAAUUUAGUCACAUUAGUCAGUGCAUUUUUUCCCAUUAAAUAAUUAGUGUAUACCUAUAACUUCCAUCAUGUGUACAUUGAGAUAGCCUUGUCCAACUAGGCCUACUAUACCCUCAUAUAGCUGGCACCUUGUUAUUGUGGCAGAUUGUAACCAAUACCAGCCACGAUUUACCAUAUAGGCUACAAAGCCUUGGCUACAUGUUAAACAAAGGGGAGGAUCUGAGCUUUCCAACAAUGCCAGAAAUAUUAUUGUACUCCUAAUAUUCAGCAAAUAGCAUUCAUAUUUCCCUGGAAAAAACAACUGCACUCGCAUUUGCGGACCACGAGAGUUGUAACACAGAUGAAUAACAGCGCACAUGGGAAAAUAGAGCUUUGAUGUGAUCAUUAAAGUAUGAGAGAGUAAACAUUGUUUCUACUUUAGGUUAGUUACAAUUUAAGUGUCCUUGCUGCCAGUUAAAAAGAUUCACGAGUGACUGAAGUGACCACCCGGGAGCUGUGUGGGAGAGCCGGGCAGAUCAGCUCAAUCAGACCGAGCAACUUAAAAAAUGUUAAUUCUGCCAAUGAGAGGAUUGCAUUAAAUAUUCUGCAAAGGCAUGCAUGCUUAUGAUUGGAUGUGGAAUUCUCGUUGUCACAUUUUCGUCAACUAAAAUGUAAACUUGUUAGUUACGGUUAUCGUCAUUUUCAUGGCAUCUCGUCUUGUUGUCAUUAGUUUUCGUCAGGAAAAAUUGGUCGUUGACAUUUUUUGUCCGUUAUUGUUGACUAAAUGAACACAGCAGCUCAGCAGGCUGAACCAGAGCUCUUUCUUAAUUCAUCUUUCCUUGAUUCCUUCUCAAAAUGCAUUGAAGAAGGUCAAAGGAGGGAAACGAACCUAUCUCCCUCCAAUAAAAGAGAGAGUGAGGAAUUGUAGAAAGUCAAAUUGAGAUUGAGCCCACAUGUGUAUCUCUUCUGGUUGUAGGAAUGGAUUCCCAAAGCAAACAGCCGCCCAGCUGAUCCUCAAGGCCAUCUCCAACCAUUUUGUCUCUGCGACGACCUCCUCCCUGAAAAACAUUUACUUUGUACUGUUUGACAGCGAGAGCAUCGGAAUAUACCUUCAGGAAAUGGCCAAGCUGGAUGCCAAGUGAAGACGAGCUGGAGAAAUGCUCGAUUUGAGGUGUUUUUUAAACGGUUGCAGUUGUAUUUCAGAUGGAUCUUUGUUUUUUGCAGCUGGUAUAGUGUGAUCAAGGUGCUGUCAUUAGGCGUUUUUGACAACAUUGGAUAGCCCCCGGAAGGCGUAAAAAAAAAAUGUGAGUGAAGUACUGUACGCAUUUAUGUUACACUGUCUUCCUUUUACAGGAUUGCAUUUUCUUUUUUAGACUAGAUUAAAUUAAUAAUCCCCAUGGCUUGUCAUUCUUAUCCCUUAUUUACUGAUAUUGUUUUUACAUUCCAUGUACAAAGACAAUUUUGACAGUUGUUUUUUCUGCUAGAUUUAUUCUGCUAGAUACAGUUAGUUUACUAAGAAAAAAAAGUGUUUCUCAUUCUGCUUUCAAAUAAAAAUCCAGAUGUUUUACACCACAGAUCCAAUUUGAUUUACCAACACCCAUGAAUAGCACAGCAACACAGUUUCAUUACAUU